AUGGUCUCUGCAACUGCCAACGUCUUGGCGACCAUCGGCACGGUGUGCUGGUGCGUCCAGCUGAUCCCCCAGAUCUACCACAACUACAGAAGAAAAAACACGGAGGGCUUCCCCGAGGUGAUGGUGAUCUUCUGGUGCCUGUGUGCGCCCUUCUUUGCGGUCUUCGUGGUCGUCGAGGACGCCUCCAUCCCGAUCAUGCUGCAACCGCACCUCUUCGGUUUCUUCUGCACGGUCGUCUACGUGCAGGUGAUGUACUACCCUCCGAUCUCGAGACCGAAGAAGCAGAUCAUCCUCCGCACGGGGAUCUUUGUGCUCUUCCAGAUCUGCCUCGAGGUCGGCUGCAUCAUCCCGUUGAGAAAGGUCUAUCAGCGGGGGACCACAUGGCCCACCCUCAUCUUUGGCAUCAUCGCCUCCAUCCUCAUCGCAUUCGGCUUGAUUCCGCCCUACUUCGAGCUCUGGAAGAGAGACGGCAGAGUCGUCGGCAUCAACUUCCUCUUCUUGCUUGUCGACUUAUCCGGCGCAGUCUUCUCCCUCGCGUCCUUGGCUGUCGACCCGGCAGACCUCGACAUCAUGGGGCUCGUGCUGUACACUAUCUGCGCUACCCUUGAGGUGGGCAUCUUUAUUUCGCAAUUUGUGUGGCUUGUGAGGUUCCGGCUCUUUAAGAAAACCAAAACCAACGACCUCGAGCAGAUCAGCAGAAGCGCCACAAUCGAAAACGACGUGGAGUUCCUCGGCAAGGACGACAAGGACGAGAGCAACGACACAGACAGCUGCUUCAGCAACAACGAGUCCGCGUCCGAGUUGGCCGCCGAAAUCACCAGGAACGGUGCCGACGAGUCGCCUGCAAAGCAGGAGAAGCUCAAGGGAACAGAGCAAUAUUUGCCUCUUGAGCAAGAUUUGCCUGACCUCUCGCCAUACCAAACCUUGGCAGACUGA